AUAUUCCAUUCAAAAAAAUCAAAACCAUAUAAAAAAAAAAAUUGAAAACUAAAGAAGACCACAAAGUAGUAAAUGAGGUGUGAAGACAACUAUUGUUUUACUUUCUCACUUUAUCAGCACUGAACUCAAACAAACCAAUUCUAUGAAAGCAAUAAAUUGCAUAUAAAACACAUUAAUCUCACCAGCUUCACUCAUCAAUGCACCAACCUAAUUCACACACAAAUCUUUCGAGCAAGCCCAUCAUAGAGGUGAAAAGCUUCGGUUUUCACUGAAUAGAGCAUGGGGAAUUGCUGGGUUCUGGCAUUUCUCCUCCCCGUCAUCGCAACUGAAGCUGCGGUCAUCGUUGGUGGCGGCGUGGGCAUUGGGGUCGGCGGCGGCAUAGGCGGGGGCGGAGGUGUGUGGAUUGGUGGAGGAAUCAACACUCCGUCUACCCCCACUGCUUCCAGGGCUUAUACUGCUCUCCAGGCCUGGAAAUCUGUCAUUACAGAUGAUCCACUUGGAGUUACCAAGUCGUGGGUUGGUCCAAAUGUUUGCUCUUACAAAGGGGUUUUUUGUUCGGAUUCUCGAGAUUUCAUGGGAAAUCCAGCGGGUGAAGUUGUGGCGGCCAUAGAUCUCAACCACGCCAAUUUGCAAGGAAUCCUUGUCAAAGAACUCUCUCUUCUCACUGAUUUGUCUAUUUUUCACCUCAACAGCAACAGGUUUUCAGGGAGUGUCCCUUUGUCGUUCAGGGAACUGUCGUCUUUGACUGAAUUGGACCUCAGCAACAACCAUUUCUCCGGGGCUUUCCCCGCAACAGUUGUUUACAUUCCAAAUCUUGUCUAUUUAGACCUCAGAUUCAACAGCUUUUCAGGCCCAAUCCCUGACGAUCUGUUCGACAAGAAACUCGACGCAAUCUUCCUGAACAACAACCUGUUCGACGGCGAACUCCCUCAGAAUCUAGGCAAUUCUCCAGCCUCCGUGAUUAACCUGGCCAACAACAGGUUCACAGGGACCAUCCCUUUCAGCCUGGGCUACAUGGGCAUAAAGGAAAUCUUGUUCCUCAACAACCAGCUCACCGGAUGCAUACCUCAAGGAGUAGGCAUGUGGGCCGAUCUGCAAGUCUUGGACGUGAGCUCAAAUUCAUUGAUGGGCCAUUUGCCAGACUCUUUAUCUUGUCUGGGCGCAAUCGAAGUUCUCAACGUUGCACACAACAAGCUGUCUGGGGAGUUGCCCGACUUGGUUUGUUCUUUGAGGAGGCUCCUGAAUUUGACAGUUGCGGCCAAUUUCUUUUCCGGGCUCAGCCAAGAUUGUGACAAUUUGUUCUUCAGAAAUGUGGGAUUUGAUUUCUCCAUGAACUGCAUUCCGGGAAAGGAGAUGCAGAGGCCUGAGCCAGAUUGCUCAGCGGUUCCUGGAGGUGGACUCAGUUGCCUCAGAAUUCCUUCAGCUAGGCCUUUCGUUUGUGGGACAUUGUUAGGGGCACAAAUUACCACAACCCCAUGACCUAUUUGGAGGAUAACAGGUUAGAAUUAUUGGUUGUAUGUAAUUUAAGGGAAGUAAAAAUGAUCUGGAGUUUGCCAUAUAAUUUGUUUUUCAUUGCAUGGGUAAGUCCCAAAAUUUAGGUCAUCUAAUUUGGAUAAGAUGGUACCUGAAAUAGACAAUUAUUUUAUGUAGUAUAUUUUGGUUGUGUUAGCAUUGCCAUGUGCUCGGAAGUUGGAUCACUUCCUGCUGCUGUUCAGUCACAUUCAACUUCUUUAGUCCAAAACAGACAAAGUUGUCAAGUUUUGUACAACUUUUUGAAUUAUUAUUCUGAUAAAUAAUGAUGAAUAGAAUUACUAUUGAAAAUUAA